CCUGGGCAGGCGCACAGACGUGCCAUCGGCAGCAGGAGCACCGAGUUCGAGUGCAGUGACCUCAUCUCUAAGACGCUGACUCUCCCAGGUUAGAUUCACAGCGAGGUCAGUACCUGUCCCUGUGAGGUAUUGAUCGACAUCCACAACAGGCCAUCCGGGAGACCCACGGGAACCAGAGUUGGUGGACCAGGCUUACCCUAUCGGCUCUUCCCCCGGCGUUGUCGACGUCACACCAAGUGACUGUUACCUGUCAGCAGCCAGGGCAGGACUGAUGGGAGGAGAGGGUGGAGGUGCAGACCCCGCCCGGAGUGUGUGCUUGUGCUGCUGAGGCAGCAGAACACACCUCAUUGCUCACAAGAGGCCAUGCGUUGACAGACAUUUUAUUUAUCUCCAUGAAUGGAAAAAAAUGAUUUCAGUAAAAUAUGAGGAGCUACUGAUUGUAAGAUGACUUCAAAAGUAUUUCAGUGCAGAGAAAGCACGCGUUUAAAACACGGAGAUGGGUAUCCUCAGUACUUCCCACGGUGCCUGUCUGGUGGAAACUGGUAGAGGUUUUUGUUUUGUUUUUUUGUUUGGUUUGGUUUGGUACAAGACAUUAAACCCAGGGGCACCUGACCAUUGAGCUAUAUCCCAGCCCUUUUUAUAUAUUAUUUAGAGACAGGGUCUUCUAAAUUGCUGAGGGUCUCCCUAAAUUGCUAAGGCUGGCUUUGAACUUCUGAUGCUCCUGCCUCAGCCUCCAGAGCCUCUGGAUCACAGGCGCGUACUACCGCUCCCAGCUAGAGGUCUUAUCCUACACCCAGACACAGAGUGAGGAGGAUCUGGCGAUGUGCUUGACCCAAGCCCAGGCGGCGGCAGCCGUGUCUCCUGGAGACACCCAGCUCAGGUCCCCGUGGUCGGCUCAGGGGACACUGUCCUGACGUCGACGCAGGCUUCCAUUCCCCCAGGCUUGGCUUUCCAGGAGGGUCAGGACUUGGAAGGUCCGGCCAGAUCUGCCCUUCUAAGUACACCAUGGCUUUAUCCGUGGAAUCCGAGGGGUUGCAAACCUGCCUCUCCCGGGUGCUCCGGGGCAUCCCGGGACCACUGGGUGCUGUGUGAGGCUGCUCUUUUCCUCACCCUUUCUGAGCGCUGUUGCGUCCAACUCCAGGUCUGGGUGAGGAGGGCUGUCUGUGACCCAGAAUUCCAGGCUGCAUCAGAUCGUCCCUUGGCAAGUGCUCAAAGAUCCAAUUAGUUUCUAAAGGACAGAUCGUCUUGGGGGACUCGACUGAUCCAAUUCCACACUGAGCUGGAGGAGAACCGUCCUCCGGGACUCUUGAUCGCAGCAGCGGUGUGUCGGGACAGCUUGGGCUGCCCUCAUGGACAGGUCUGGCCUGCUUUCCGAGCUGCGGUGGUGGGGGGAUGCAGACUGGCCAGGAGAACAGCAGAGCACACCCGCAGGUGCUGCGUCGGCCCGGACCUGACGGCGGCUUCCCUCUCGUUCUCACAGGGGUUUGCCAGCUCGUCAACAAGAGGGACGAGAGCACGGGCGAGGCCAGGCCUUUCAGCCGCAGCGACGAGCAGUUCCUCGAGGCCUUUGUCAUCUUCUGUGGCUUGGGCAUCCAGAACACGCAGAUGUACGAGGCGGUGGAGCGGGCCAUGGCCCAGCAGAUGGUCACGUUGGAGGUCCUGUCCUACCAUGCCUCGGCGGCUGAGGAGGAGACCAGGGAGCUGCAGGCCCUGGCGGUAAGCCCUUCCUCCUUUCCCAGGCCCUGCCCGCAGCGCACCCCGGUGCCCACGUGCUCCUCCCGGGACAGCUGCCCGCGCAGCUCCCGGACUCCGACCCUGAGCUGAGCCGACUGGGCACCCGCUGGACCUUCCUCAGCUCUGCUUUCUCCCGGGCAGAGUCACCGAUCUCAGCGCAGCCAUAGGACGGCUGGCUUGGUGGCACUCGUGACUCUGGGCUUCCAGCCCUGGCUUCAGUCUUCCAUCCUGCUUAGGCCAAGGCCCAGCUCCGUCUUGUUGUGGGGCCUUCAUGUGACAGGCUCAGUGACACGAGGCUUUCACAGUCUGCCGUGUGGCUUCCGCUUCUGACCCCGCGGCUGGGCCUGCUGUGUGGGAAACAUCCACACAGGCCAGUGCGCUGAGCCCAGGGGGAGACGAGCACGGACACCCUCGGGGCACGCCCUGCGCUCUGCCCGACUCGGCAUGGCCUUGGUGGGGACCUGGAAGUCUGCCCACUCAGCCCCUGAUGUUAAGUCCGUGCACAUGACAGAGAGGUGUGACGAGCUGCCUAGGAAUGGCCAGGGAGCAGCAUCACCACGGGCUGGGCCUUCUGCCCGGCUUCUCUUGGUAAUGCACAGCUGGGCUGUGAGGGCCCCUGGAGCCAGGGGAGCAGGAGACUGGCGCUAGGCCACACUGCGUGAGGGAGAGCGGGGACUGCAGCCCACUGGCACAGCACCCCGCGUUGGCAGGCAGGAGGCAGUGGCACUUGCAGGUUGGGCACCCCGUGAGUGGGAGCGAGUGGCCAGGAGCAGUACCAGAGGCUCAGCUGACUUCUCUGGAAGGAGGGCAUCUUGGGCCUGGUUCUGGGUGGCACUGGCCCUGUAUUGUGGGUGCCCUGUUAGCAUUGGACUUAGUGGGCAGUUUUCCCCUGCUUGCAAGGCAUGUGGUCUGGAGGUCACUGCCCACUGGCAGUGCCCAGCUGGCUGGGCUGCUUGCGUCCUCCUUCUCCAGUGUGGGCCGUGGGCUGGGACUGCCCCUUGGGAGGACACAGCAGGGUGCUGGUCCCAGGCUACUGGUUAGCAGAACUAGGGAGGCCAAGUCACUCUGCCACCGUGUCCCGAUAAAUAAGAACCAGCAAGUGGAGGAAUUUAUAAAGAUAACGUUAAAAAAGUGAGCCCCCAGCAUACCAAACUCUGCCUUUCACUUCGAAAGUAGGACUGUCUUUCAAAAGAAUCUGAAAACCAUUUUCUCAAUUAUGUUUAUAAUUUUAGCAAGAGAGAAAACACUCUGGAAUAGCUGGAAAUUGCUGUAUUGUGUAUUGUUCCAAGCCAUCUGUUGUUCCAUUGGGAAGGUGGCUUCUGGCAGCUGCAGCUGGGACCUCAGGGUCACAGCACUUGCAGGGCAAGCAAUUCAUUGAAACCCACUGAAAUUCAGCAACUGGCUUCCACUCGGCUGUCACUCCCUGCGUGAAACUCCUCUGCAGCCCGACCUCACAGGUGUCUGCCCCCCACAUCAAUUGCCAAAAUUGCUGUCUCCAUGACAUCAUUGGUCUCACUUUAAAACCCAAAAGCAAUCGAAAGGCCCUCAAGUUUCCUUCACUUUUAUUUUUGGAAAUUUAUUCUCAGGAGAAUCAAACAAUGUGCUGAGAUAUACUGCAUGUUUAUGCCUGUGUACAGAAAGUUCUCAAGUUAGGGUGAGGGACUUAGUUGACAGGAUUUUCCUUGCUGUGCCUGAGUCUUCAAUCCCGUUUCGAACACCUUCUCUUGGCUUAGAGGUGGGUAUAGGGAAGCAGUGCUCCAAGCCCAGCAUUCUGAUGGGCCUUGGAAAGAUCCUUAGGCCCAGCGCUUGAGGUCACAGGAGGAACCCUGCUGGCUUCUUUGGUUACGAGAGAGUAAAUUAGGACGCUGGGAGGAAACAAAAUCUUACUUGUUGUCCAGCCUUCGGGCAGCGUGGGCUGACCAGGGCCUGCCUUCUCUGUGAUGGCCCUGGUUGGAGAGGCGGUAGGGGAAUCGGUCAAGGACAGCCAGGCCUGGGAUCCUCCUGGAGGGGCACUUGUGCUUCAGGCCACAACUUCACGGGGGUCUCUGCAGCCACUAGAGGUGUGUCCAGAGGGAGACGGAGCUGGGGUCCUGAGAGGCCUGCUGUGCCCGAGGGCAAGAAGAGGACAAGUGGGACUGGAGGCAGGAGUCCAGAGAGGUCUGCCUCCUGACCUCCACCUUCCAGGCAGGUAGCACUGGUUCAUCAUGAUCUGAGUUCCCAAUAGCUGCUGGUGACAGUGUCGAGGUGGACCAGGGUGGUCCAGGGCAAUGGCUGAGCCAGUGCUGGUGGGCAGGUCAGGAGCUUUGUCCCCUGCUUUCAGAAAACCCUCUCUGGGGAGCUAGGCUACACCAAGAAGGUUUGAGCAGGUGACUUACGAGGACCUGCACCUGUAGCACCUCUGUCACUGCCAGUCACCUGAUGGGCUCAUCUUGGAAGUCAGUGACAGUGCCUGGCUCCUUCCGACUCAGCUGCAAGGAUCCAGAGCUCCCUUGGCUGCUCCUGCUUCGAUGGGCAUGCUCACCUUAGCCACUAGUGGUGUUAGGAGCAGAUGACUUCCUGCAGGAGGUUCAGAGGCAGCUUUGAGCCCUUCCUGGGCACUGUGCAUGGCUGUGCAAGUCCUGUACUCAGGUAGGUCCAUGUACGGAGCUGCACUGUGGCCCAGGUGUGAACCAGGUCUGGGUUCCAGGUCCUGAGCCCUGUACAUGGCUGUGCAUGGUCCAGUUCUCCUGUGGGGUCUGUGUAUGGAGCUACACUGUGGCCCAGGUGUGAACCAGGUCUGGGUUCCAGGUCCUGAGCCCUGUGUAUGGCUGUGCAUGGUCCAGUUCUCCUGUGGGGUCUGUGUUUGGAGAUAUGCUGUGGUCUAGGUGUGAACCAGGUCUGGGUUCCAGGUCCUGAGCCCUGUGUAUGGCUGUGCACGGUCCAGUUCUCCUGUGGGGUCUGUGUAUGGAGCUACGCUGUGGCCUAGGUGUGAACCAGGUCUGGGUUCCAGGUCCUGAGCCCUGUGUAUGGCUGUGCAUGGUCCAGUUCUCCUGUGGGGUCUGUGUUUGGAGAUAUGCUGUGGCCUAGGUGUGAACCAGGUCUGGAUUCCAGGUCCUGAGCCCUGUGUAUGGCUGUGCAUGGUCCUGUUCUCCUGUGGGGUCUGUGUUUGGAGAUAUGCUGUGGUCUAGGUGUGAACCAGGUCUGGAUUCCAGGUCCUGAGCCCUGUGCAUGGCUGUGCGUGGUCCAGUUCUCCUGUGGGGUCUGUGUAUGGAGCUACACUGUGGCCUAGGUGUGAACCAACCCUGGGUUUCGGGUCCUGAGCCCUGUGUAUGGCUGUGCAAGUCCUGUUCUCCUGUGGGGUCCGUGUAUGGAGAUAUGCUGUGGCCUAGGUGUGAACCAGGCCUGGGUUCCGGGUCCUGAGCCCUAUGAACGGCUGUGCAUGGUCCAGUUCUCAUGUGGGGUGUGUGUAUGGAGCUACACUGUGGUCUACGUGUGAACCACAUCUGGGUUCCAGGUCCUGAGCCCUGUGUAUGGCUGUGCAUGGUCCUGUUCUCCUGUGGGGUCUAUGUGUCUAGCUAUGCUGUGGCCUAUGUAUGAACCUGGUCUGAGUCCAGGUCAUAGCCCUGUACAUGGCUGUGCAUGGUCCUGUUCUCCUGUGGGGUCUGUGUAUGGAGAUAUGCUGGGGCCUAGGUAUGAACCAGGCCUGGGUUCCAGGUCCUGAGCCCUGUGCAUGGCUGUGCAUGGUUCAGUUCUCCUGUGGGGUCUGUGUAUGGAGCUACACUGUGGCCUAGGUGUGAACCAGGUCUGGGUUCCAGGUCCCGAGCCCUGUGUAUGGCUGUGCAUGGUCCAGUUCUCCUGUGGGGUGUGUGUAUGGAGCUACGCUGUGGCCUAGGUGUGAACCAGGUCUGGGUUCCAGGUCCUGAGCCCUGUGCAUGGCUGUGCAUGUUCCAGUUCUCCUGUGGGGUCUGUGUAUGGAGAUAUGCUGUGGCCUAGGUGUGAACUAGGUCUGGGUUCCAGGUCCUGCGCCCUGUGCAUGGCUGUGCGUGGUCCUGUUCUCCUGUGGGGUCUGUGUAUGGAGAUAUGCUGUGGUCUACGUGUGAACCAGGUCUGGGUUCCAGGUCCUGAGCCCUGUGUAUGGCUGUGCAUGGUCCUGUUCUCCUGUAGGGUCUAUGUAUGGAGAUAUGCUGUGGCCUAUGUGUGAACCAGGUCUGGGUUCCAGGUCCUGAGCCCUGUGUAUGGCUGUGCAUGGUCCAGUUCUCCUGUGGGGUGUGUGUAUGGAGCUACACUGUGUACUAGGUGUGAACCAGGUCUGGGUUCCAGGUCCUGAGCCCUGUACGUGGCUGUGCAUGGUCCAGUUCUCCUGUGGGGUCUGUGUAUGGAGAUAUGCUGUUGCCUAGGUGUGAAACAGGUCUGGGUUCCAGGUCCUGAGCCAUGUGCAUGCCGGUGCAUGGUCUAGUUCUCCUGUGGGGUGUGUGUAUGGAGCUACGCUGUGGUCUAGGUGUGAACCAGGUCUGGGUCCAGGUCCUGAGCCCUGUGCAUGGCUGUGCAUGGUCCAGUUCUCCUGUGGGGUCUGUGUAUGGAGAUAUGCUGUGGUCUAGGUGUGAAACAGGUCUGGGUUCCAGGUCCUGAGCCCUGUUCAUGACUGUGAAAGUCCUGUUCUCCUGUGGGGUCCAUGUAUGGAGCUACAUGUGGUCUAGAUGUGAACCAGGUCUGGGUUCCAGGUCCUGAGCCCUGUGUAUGGCUGUGCAUGGUCCAGUUCUCCUGUGGGGUCUGUGUAUGGAGCUACGCUGUGGCCUAGGUGUGAACCAGGUCUGGGUUCCAGGUCCUGAGCCCUGUGUAUGGCUGUGCAUGGUCCUGUUCUCCUGUGGGGUCCAUGUAUGGAGCUGUGCUGUGGUCUAGGUGUGAACCAGGUCUGGGUUCCAGGUCCUGAGCCAUGUGCAUGCCUGUGCAUGGUCCAGUUCUCCUGUGGGGUGUGUGUAUGGAGCUACACUGUGGUCUAGGUGUGAACCAGGCCUGGGUUCCAGGUCCUGAGCCCUGUA